AUGGAAAAAGGAUAUAUCAAAGCACUGAAUGUUAGUAACCCAACCGAGAGGUUUGUAUGCGGAGACAUCGGAUUCUCAAGUCUUAAAAUGGUUCCCUUUCCUCAAACUGAUUUGUUCCGCUCCGUGACUCUAGUGCUGUGUGUUCUAAACGGUGUUACAUGUCCGUUAACAAUCGUUGGCAACGUCUUAGUCUUUAUGGCUGUGCUCAGAAAGCCUCAGCUUCGAAAUGUAGCAAAUACCUCCAUUUUGUGCCUUGCGUUGACAGAUUUGACGGUUGGCGCGUUUGUUCAACCUUCAUAUAUUAUUUAUCAAACAAGCAAACUGACCACUGCUUUCGCUGACUUUCCGUGCGACAAGCUACUUAUUUACUCGUUCUCUGGAGUGAUAUGUAUCUGCAUGUCAUUUCUGACAUUGAUUUUGAUCUCGCUUGAGAGAUACAUGGCAGUAUUUUAUCCGUAUCGUUAUGUUGAGAAGGUCAACUCCAAAUGUCUGAUUACAGUCACUGUCACAAUCUGGGUGAUCUCGAUUGGAACACUGCUAACUGUGAGAUUCUUGUUCGGGAUAAACAGCAAUGAGGAAAUAGGAGUGAUAUCUCUCGUAAUAAUCGCAAAUUUCAUCAUCACGUCGUUUGUGUACUUUAGGAUAUUUAGGCUGGUCAAGCGCUGUAACGCCCAGGUUAACGUAGAGUUGUCGCACAACACUUCCGCAUCCUCUUCCCAAGAGCCUUCUUCACCAGGGAACUCAAGUCCUCGAGAAGCCAAAGCAUCCAAGACAGUGGCGUUUGUGGCUGGAACUUUGUUCCUGUGCUUCACACCGACCCUCUGUGCCACCAUUGUCGACCAGGCUAGCUUGGCACCAAGAAACCUUUUAUAUCACGUGAUUUAUCCUAUUGGCGAGACAGCAGUUCUCUUGAACAGCUGUCUUAAUCCAGGAAUUUACGUUUGGAGAAAUAAGGGGAUGCGAAGCAGUCUGCGUGAAUUUUUAAGCUCUUGUAAAAUCACAGCCAGCAAUUAA